GCCGCGGGCCUCGCCGAGGGAGGGGUCGCGGAGGCGGCCGCGGCGGCGUCAGCGGCGGCGGCCCGAACGGUAGGAGCCGAGGCGCCGGAGCAACAUGGCGGCGCGAGUGCUGCACGCCCGCGGAGCGGCCUCGGCCGGCGGCCUCCUACAGCGGGCCGCCCCCUGCAGCCUCCGGUCCGUGCUCCGGGGGUUGACGUCUUCCAGUCACAGACCUCGAGAAGACAGCUGGUUAAAAUCCUUAUUUGUCCGGAAAGUUGAUCCAAGGAAAGAUGCUCACUCUAACCUCCUAGCCAAAAGGGAAACGAGCAGUCUGUACAAAAUACAGUUUCACAAUGUUAAACCGGAAUGCCUAGACGCAUACAACAAAAUUUGUCAAGAGGUGUUGCCAAAGAUUCAUGAAGAUAAACAUUACCCUUGUACUUUGGUGGGGACUUGGAACACGUGGUAUGGCGAGCAGGAUCAAGCUGUCCACCUCUGGAGGUACGAAGGAGGCUAUCCCGCCCUCACCGAGGUCAUGAGUAAACUCAGAGAAAAUCAGGAAUUUUUGCAAUUCCGGAAGGCAAGAAGCAACAUGCUUCUUUCUAGGAAGAAUCAACUGCUAUUAGAAUUCAGUUUCUGGAAUGAGCCUCUUCCACGGCCAGGACCUAAUAUAUAUGAACUCAGAUCUUACCAACUUCGACCAGGAACUAUGAUUGAAUGGGGCAAUUACUGGGCUCGUGCAAUCCGCUUCAGACAGGACGGUGAUGAAGCUGUUGGAGGAUUCUUCUCCCAGAUUGGGCAGUUAUACAUGGUGCAUCAUCUUUGGGCUUACAAGGACCUUCAGACAAGGGAAGACAUACGGAACGCAGCGUGGCAUAAACAUGGCUGGGAAGAACUGGUGUAUUACACAGUUCCACUUAUUCAGGAAAUGGAAUCCAGAAUCAUGAUCCCACAGAAGACCUCACCCCUCCAGUAAAGCUGCAGAGUUUAGAUGUGCCUACAUAAAUUCAUGUGACAAGUAUUUGUCACAAGUUAAUUUUAAUUGUAUGUCAAGUGAAAAACACUGAAGUGUAAACUGCUGUACAUAGCUUAUGAGAGACCCCUUUUCUUUAAAAUUUACAUACGACUAAGAAAAGGAAACUAUUACCGUUUGGUUGUAGCAGUGCUCUGUAGUCCUCUGAAACUCCCCUGCGUUUGUUGAAUAAACCGGACAGUACUGAACUACCCUUCCCACCCUCCGGGAAGAGGGCCCAAAUUAAAAAUGUGAAUCCUCUCUAA